AUGCGAGGAUGUCUGCAGUUAGGCCGAUGGCUGAGUGCAGCGCCGAGAUGCCAGGCCGCGAACCUCCGACCAACGGUCUUUUCAUAUAGAUUCAGCCGAGCAUUUUCUACUACUACAAUAUACCACGCGCGCUCAAAAGUCACACCCAUCAAGCCGAAUUCAGAUCUCGAACAACGAAUUUUAGCGAUCCCGAUCGAACGUUUCCGCAACUUCUGCAUCGUCGCACACGUCGACCACGGCAAAAGUACGCUUUCCGACAGACUGCUAGAAUUGACCGGCACCAUUCAACCCGGCACAAAUAAACAGGUGUUGGAUAAGCUUGAUGUUGAACGAGAGCGAGGAAUCACCGUGAAAGCCCAGACAUGUACCAUGAUCUACAACUACAAAGGCGAAGACUACUUGCUACAUUUGGUGGACACUCCUGGCCAUGUAGAUUUCCGCGCAGAGGUAUCACGAAGUUAUGCCAGCUGUGGUGGUGCAAUCCUUUUGGUUGAUGCCAGUCAAGGUGUUCAGGCCCAAACCGUUGCCAAUUUCUAUUUGGCUUUCGCGCAGAACCUUGAAUUGAUCCCCAUUCUCAACAAAGUUGACUUGCCAUCAUCGGAUCCAGAGCGGGCUUUGGAGCAGAUGCGUACAACAUUUGAGAUUGAUACAGAAAAUGCGGUCAUGGUUUCAGCCAAGACUGGAUUAAACGUCCCGGCUGUGCUACCGGCGGUAGUGGAGAAGAUCCCUGCCCCCAUCGGUGAUUCCACGAAACCUCUCCGUAUGCUACUUGUGGAUUCUUGGUACGAUUCAUACAAAGGUGUGAUCCUGCUAGUCCGCGUUUUUGACGGCGAAGUGCGCGCAGGCCAACAACUGGUCUCCUUCGUCACUGGUCUUAAAUAUUUUGUUGGCGAGGUUGGAAUCAUGUAUCCCACCGAAACCGCACAAACUGUUCUCCGUGCAGGCCAGGUCGGGUACAUCUACUUCAACCCAGGCAUGAAGCGGAGUAAGGAAGCCAAGAUUGGUGAUACAUUCACUCGAGUUGGCUCAGAAAAGCUCGUGGAGCCGUUGCCUGGAUUCGAAGAGCCAAAAUCAAUGGUUUUCGUGGCAGUAUACCCAGUAAAUGCAGACCAUUUCGAACACCUGGAGGACAGCAUCAACCAACUCAUCCUGAAUGAUCGAAGUAUCACAGUGCAAAAAGAGUCCUCAGAGGCAUUAGGUGCCGGAUUCCGCAUGGGCUUCUUAGGAACUCUCCACUGCUCUGUGUUUGAAGAUCGUUUACGACAAGAGCACGGUGCCAGCAUCAUCAUCACACCACCUUCCGUUCCGGUCAAAGUCGUAUACCGAGAUGGCAGAGAAGAAAUCAUCACAAACCCCGCUAAGUUUCCCGAUGAUGAAGGUGCACGCCUCAAAGUAGCGGAGGUUCAAGAGCCGUAUGUGUUGGUCACCCUGACAUUCCCAGAAGAAUAUCUGGGCAAGGUCAUUGAGCUUUGCGAGGCCAACCGCGGUGAACAACAAAGCAUCGAAUAUUUCACAUCUACACAGGUCAUCAUGAAGUACGAGCUACCUCUGGCGCACCUGGUUGAUGAUUUCUUUGGAAAGCUGAAAGGAGGAACCAAGGGAUACGCUAGUCUGGACUACGAAGAAUCUGCAUGGCGGGCAGGUAGCAUUGUCAGGCUCCAACUCUUGGUCAAUAAGGAGCCUGUUGAUGCCGUUGCACGGAUCAUGCACCUGAGUCAGGUGAACCGACAAGGAAGAAUUUGGGUCAGCAAAUUCAAGGAGCAUGUCGACCGUCAGCUCUUCGAAAUUAUCAUCCAGGCUGCUGUCGGUAAGAAAAUCAUUGCCCGUGAGACGAUCAAGCCAUACCGCAAGGAUGUUCUGGCCAAAUUGCACGCCGCUGAUGUGAGUCGUCGACGAAAGCUGCUUGAGAAGCAGAAAGAAGGUCGCAAGAAGUUGAGGGCUGUUGGAAACGUGGUCAUUGAGCACAAAGCUUUCCAGGCAUUCCUGGCCAAAUAA